AUGAGGUUGUGUUACGGAUUGGCGCUGGCCAUCCUAAUCACAGGUAACGUGCAGGCAUCUAAUGACGAAAACGCUGAAAGAACAGUUAUAGAAGAUGAAAAUGCUGACAUAAAACGUUUUAUUCAAAUAUCACAUACCGUGAGAAGGAAUAGCUUUAUAGAUAUUACUUUGAACACGGAAUCCUUUGAAGAAAAGUGCUAUGUUCGACCUCCAGAUGGACAAUUAACCCAAACUGAUAAAUUUGCAAUGGAAGGGGUACAGGUACGACACAAAAGUAAUUUCGUCUCGUGCAGGAUUACGAUUGGACCGAUGAUUGAGGAUUUGCUAGGAAACUGGGAGUUAUGUGGUAAAUCUACAACCACCGAAGAAAUGCGCUGCCAACCGAUUAAUAUUAUUUGGGAUGUUGGCAACGGGAACCCUGGUCCUUCUCCUAGCCCCCUACAGAGGCAAAUACAUCGAGUUCAUAUCGGUGAUUAUGUGAAUGUUGGUGUCACCAACCGACGCGACAUGUCCACCUGUCACGUCGUUACUCCAAAUGGUGAAGACUUGGUUAUCACACCGGACAUGAAUUAUCCCCACAUCGAAAGAAGUUCAGCCAAUCCAUGCAGUGUCGUCAUCAAGGAUAUCACAAGAGAUAUAUUGGGCGAUUGGCUUAUUUAUGGGAGAUUUAAUCAAGGAAUAUUAGGGUUUGGAGAUAUUCGCCUGCCAUUUACUUUGGAACUUUAUUAUGAUGUUAAUGCAUACAAUAUAAUUUCACUCGAAAAUCAAGCGCAUGAAGUUAAAGUAGGUUCUGAUAUCACUGUCGAGGUAACUCACUCCGUGGGUACAGUUGAAACCUGUAUUUACAUAUCUCCUUCUGGUUUGGAAUUUAGUAGCGCUAGUGACAUUUCUGCUGCACCUAAAGGAAUUCAAUUCAGAAGUGUAAAUGAUUAUGGCGUUUGUGGGAUCACCUUCACCGCUGUCACCGAAGACAUGUUCGGUGAAUGGCAGAUUAUUGGCCGGUUUAGGAAUGGAAAUGUAAUUGAUGAAAAACGUCUUACGUUUAAUAUUACUGAAAAAGCCAUCGUCGAAGAUGAUAUUAAUAUGUUGAAUCAAAUCAAUCAUUUCGCACUACAGGAUGCGUUGGUAGAUAUAUCCUUGAACAAGGAAUCUUUUGAAGAAAAGUGCUAUAUACGUCCUCCUAACGGCGAAUUCACGAAAGCUCAUCGUUUUAAAAUGGAAGGAGUAACGGUUCAAAAGAAAAGUAAUUUCGUUUCUUGCAGAGUUACUAUCGGUACUUUUACUGAAGAUAUGUUCGGAUUAUGGACACUGUGUGGCAAAUCUCUUCUAAGUGAGGAAAUCCGCUGUCAGCCUGCAAACAUUGCAUUGAGAACUGCAAAUUGGGUAAUUCAUAACCGAGCACAGUUUACACAUCCAGUCCACUUUGGUGGUUCUGUCAAUUCUGGUGUCUCUGAAGGUGGUACCGUUGAAAAUUGCCACGUCGUUACUCCAACUGGCGAAGAUUUGGUCUUAACAAGUGACGUCAAUUAUCCUCACAUUAAAAGAGUUAACAGUGCUAGCGUGUGCAGUGUCGUCAUCGAAAACAUAACAGAGGAUAUGUUAGGUGCAUGGCUUAUUUAUGGCACAUUUAAUUCCCCACUUAGACGAACUGAAGGUCGUCUUCCAUUGAUUUUCAACCUUUUCGAUGAGAAUAAUCCACACGCUCAAGCUUACAAUGUCACUGUCCUCCAAAACCAAAAUCAUUUGGUACAUGUUGGUACUAACCUGACACUUGAAGUGCAACAACGAACAGGCGAUCGGCAAGAUUGUAUUUACACAGCACCAUCAGGAAAAAUAUUCAGUAUAAACGAUAACAACUCCGUCGAACCUCGAGGAGUUCACUUUAGUACCUUGAAUACUGCACCAAUUUGUCAAGUUGAAUUUAAUCCGAUCACUGAAGAGGCAGUUGGGGAAUGGCAGAUCUCUCUGAGAUUCAGAAAUGGAGUCCUAUUCAAUGAAAUACGUCAGACCUUCAGAAUUAUUGAGGAAGAUCCGGAAAAUCCACUACAAGAAAAUGUUGUAAGGACUGUUCAAUAUUUAACUACGCAGAAUAUAAAUACUAAAAUGAACACGAGCCAUAGAUUUACAAUCAACAGUGCAUCAAUUAUACAAGGUGAAAGCUGUCAUAUCAUCGCUCCGGAUGGCCGACAAUAUGCUUUUAUUGACGGAUUCAACGUCCCCAAUGUAGAAAUCAUAAAUGAAGACUUUGUAGAAUGCGGCGUCAUUCUGCAUGUAGUGGAGGAAAAUAUGAUAGGCACUUGGACUAUUUUAGGCAGAGCAAGAAGUUUGUCUGAUUCUAUUGAACGAAGACUGCCAGUUACUAUCCGUGUUGAAGAAAACUUUGUUUUACAAAAUGAUAUUCAUAUCAAGGAAGGAUCUGAUUUAUAUCUACACUUAAAUGAGGCCAUUACUCUACCUGAAACUUGCACGCUGAUCGGCCCUGAUGGCAAUGAAAUCGCGAACGUAGAAUCUGAUCCAAUCUACGCGUCUGCAUGUGGAUAUAUAAUCAGGGAUGUUAAUCAGACUUAUGAUGGAACAUGGAUUAUUGAAUAUGGCGCAAGAAUUAAAAAAAGAGGCAGUGUCAACGUUCAAAUUCUAGAUCCUACAGCUCUCUCCCUCCACAAUCUACAAUGGAGCAUAGGCGAUUCAGUAGACAUAUCAGUCGGCCCUGAAAAUGCUGUGUACUGCGUAAUCAAAGACGUUACUGGAAACAUUGUGUUUGAUGACUUUGGACAGUGUAAGAUUGUUCUCGACAGAGUGUCUGUACACCACAGAGGAAAUUGGACCAUGCAAAUCGGUAAACCAGGGACGGUACGACUACAAAGCUACAAUUUCUAUGUGGAAGUGCAUUCAGUAGAUGGUCUCCCAAUCGUUAGUACAACCGUGGAGGAGAAUCACUCUUCACUGAUGCUAACAUGCUCUGUGCCUGCCCGACACGAGGUCCACGCCUGUAAGUUCAGAGACCCUAGAGGCAACAUUCUGAUUGCUGUUCAUGGAGUCGGACAAGACAACUACAUGUUUAGACAAGCUACCGUAAACUACGUAUCGAAUGCUCACAGUCAUGACUGUACACUCCGCCUUAUCAACCCAUCAGUCGCAGAAUUGGGCAUUUGGCGUUGCGGCUUGGAUACCUCAACAGGAACACACUACGGAUUCCUGACAGUACUCCCUCAAAAUCCAGGAGCAGCCUCGUCUGUCGUCACUGAGCCCAUAUUACGGAGCACUGAUGUGUCAUACUUUGAAGGAGACCCCGUAACCCUCAGCUGUUCCAUUUCUUCUGCCUUACGGUAUUGCUACUUCAGAGCAGAUAAUGGAACUAUCUAUAACGUUUUCCCAAGGAUGUCACGAUCGGAGAAUUUUGAGUAUGUAGGAGCAGGAUUGGAUGCAGGCGAUUGUGGUAUUAGAUUCAAAAGCUUAUCAACCCGCGAGGGAGGCAUCUGGAGCUGCCACGUUGGGCUUCUGGAUACCACGGCUCCUGAACUAAGGGAAGCAAUCGUAGCUACUAUAUCAGCUAAGAUGUCCGUGAACCAUUUUUGGGACAGACAGCAGAGGGCUAUAGUAGAAGCAUUUAUCCACAGUGGACAAGCCAUCGAGUACUGCAGAUUUGUGAGGAUGGAUGGAGAAGGUUUCACUUCAGACAACGUGCCCCAAAGAUACACACUAGAGCCAUUGUUGCAUACAGGCGCCUGCGUUCUUAACAUAUGGAAUCCUGAUUCCAUAGACUUGCAACCGUGGACCAUCGCAAUCAAACUUGUGGAAGGAAAUGGAGAGAUUUCCAUGACGACUGUUAAUAACCAGUUGGCUGUGAGACCCUCACGUAGUAUCUUCUCCGGUGCUUUAUUCUGGUUGACAAUCGUGUUCGUUUUCAUAUUGAUACUCUCCGUUGCCGGUGCUUGUUUUCCUAAGAAAAAUAGGGAUUGGACUUAUAGAAGAGCCAGCGGAUUAAACCAAAGUGUCAGGAGUUACUUCAAUAAAAACUUAGAAAAGAAGCCUCCAAUGACGACAACUCAGCAUGCCUAA